AAGCAAAACGAGACAACAGGAGUAUGUCCACCAGUAAAUUUGAACAUUGGGGGUAAAACCAAACAUAAAACCCUACUGAAACCCCUCACUCUCUUGACCCAAAUCAAAUGGCUCACAGGCGAGUCUUUCAAACCCUAAUUCGACAUUAUUCCUCACAUUCCCUCAAAAAUCUAAAUCCCAUCCUCCAAACUCUCCCUCGGAUCACUCAAUUUCAGUCUUUUCCCCAAAUUUCUAACCUAAUUUCAUCAAAUUCCACUCCGAAUUUACACACCCAGUUUUCGCGUCAUUUCGCUUCGAAUCGCAGUGAUGAUAGUGAAAGUGAUGAAGAUUAUGAUGAUGAAGAUGAUAGUGAGGAUGAAACGGGGGAGAGUUUAGAUGAAGACGACGUCGUUUCGGGGUCGAGUGGGAAGAGAGAGUACACGGCGGAGGAGAAAGAAAGUGAGGCUGCUGCUAUUGGGUACAAAGUUGUUGGCCCCCUUCAACGUUCUGAUCGUGUUUUUAAAAAUUAUGAGCCUGUAUUUGCUGUUUUUCAGAUUGGGUCACACCAGUUUAAGGUGAGCAACGGGGAUUGUGUCUACAUUGAGAAACUUAAGUUUUGCGAAGUUCACGACAAGAUAAUUCUAAACAAAGUUUUAAUGUUGGGGUCUCCCACUCAAACACUUAUCGGACGGCCAAUAUUACCUGAGGCAACUGUUCACGCUGUUGUUGAAGAACAUGCUCUGGAUGCAAAAGUAAUCAUUUUCAAGAAAAAGAGAAGGAAGAACUAUCGUCGAACAAAAGGACAUCGACAGGAACUGACAAAGUUAAGAAUAACUGACAUACAAGGGAUUGAAAAGCCGGUAACCCCAGUGGUAAUUGAGAAGACCAAAAAGGCAGUGCAGGAAAAGGUAGGUAAAGUAGCAGUUCCAGCAUAGAAAAGGCAUUCUGCUAGGCAUCAUGUGUUAGUCCUUUACUCCUUUUAUCCCCUUUAAUUCGAAUGUCUGAAGUUUAGGGUUCUGGGUUUCCUGGCUGUUUGCAGCAUCUGGUUAUUGUUUGGUCAAAAUAUACAUAUAUGCUGUCCUUUCAAGUAAAAGUUUAGCAUGUGACUUGAUCCUGAAAUUUGUAAUAAAAUUUCAUAAUUUUGAUUUGGACUCUCA